AAAAAAGGCUCACAACCAUAGACUGUAUACUCAAAAUAUAUUUAGCUUGUGACCACUUAAAACUAAGUCUACUUGUCUUGACCCCUCGUCCCAUAUUAUGGCCUUAGUGUGGACUUGAAAGUAUUUCACUUCACAGACAGAAACAAUAAAGAAGACAAAUGCUCUCCCCUAAAUCGAUCUGUGACCCCCCUCAGAUUUAUCUUGGUACUUCUGACCUCCAGUGUGUUCACCGCAGCUGAGCGACCUAUUGAUCUCGACUGUUCCCAGUGUAAACCACAUCACCGCUAGAUGGCGCUGUUCUCUCGGAUCCGCCGAUACAGAUCCUGAUUGACAGCUGCACUCGUCCCGCCCACUUCGCUUUUACCGUCCAAUCAACGCUUACGUCGCUUUGUUGACGUACGUUCGCUAACAGCGGAACUGAACAAUCGAGAGGAGGGCUAUCUGCUAGAAACCAACACAACAAGAUGGAGGUGGAGCAGCUCCAAUCUCUGUCAGGCCCAGCACUGGCCCAGGCUGUCAGCUCUCUGCUGGAGACCCCGGGCCUCUACGUCUUCUCUGACAUCCUGGAGCUGCCUAAUGUCAGAGAGAUGGAGAAUGGCCCUCAUGCACCAAUGUACCAGCUCCUCAACCUCUUUGCCUAUGGAACCUACUGUGACUACAAAGAGAGAGCAGCCUCUCUUCCAGAGUUGACUCCCGCUCAGAGAAAUAAACUCCGCCAUCUGUCCAUCAUCAGCCUGGCAUCCAACCUCAAGUGCCUGCCGUACUCACUGCUUCUGCAGCAGCUUGAGCUGAAGAAUGUGAGGGAGCUGGAGGACCUGCUGAUAGACGCCGUGUACUGUGAUAUCAUCCAAGGCAAACUGGACCAGAGGAACCAGCAGGUGGAGGUAGACUGCAGCGUGGGUCGUGACCUCGGCCCCAACGAGCUGCCAACCAUAGUCAACACGCUGCAGGAGUGGUGCACAGGUUGUGAGGCAGUGCUGUGUGGUAUUGAAGAGCAGGUCUCGAGGGCAAACCAAUACAGAGAGAGCCAGUUGAAGGUCAAAGUCCAAGUGGAAACAGAGGUCUCAAACCUACAGAAAACGUUAAAGGCAAGCGCCGCCUCUCCGUCGUCAGGCCCCGCCCCUGCUGGAGCCGCCUCCAAUCAGGACGCAGAUCAGCCUGCAGAGCCACGAGACCCCGCCUCCUCUCAGGAACCACGGCAACCAGGCAAAAAAAGUUCAAAGGUGAAAGGGCUGCGCGGCAGUGGGAAGAUCUGGUCCAAGUCCAACUAAAAACAAAGGACUGAGAUGUGGAGACAAGGCACUGAUGGACACUAUCACUGAUUAACGAGCACAUGGACAUGUUGACGAACAAACGGAUGUUCACAGACACCCUUGUCACACACACACUAUUCACAAUAAAACCAGGAGGCUUCAUGGGAACUUUUCUUGUCACCAAAUCUCACCUUGAUGGAUUCAGAAUCACACACCGGCUGAUGGAAAAUGACAGGUGUGACAUCCACUCUUGCAGUAGGUAAUAGCAGACUGUCAGUGUAUACAAACACACACAUAUAUAUAUACAUGCGUCACUUGUAAUACAGUACAUGAUGACAGAAAAUUAUCCAGCAGGAGUCAGUUGCCUUUGACCAGAAACAGGAUCAGUGUAUUUGAUGUGUAUGUGUGUAUCUCUAUUGGUUUAAAAAAUGUUCUUUUGGGUUUAGAUUAAUUUUUAUGUUGCUUUGUAUUAUUUUUCUCUCUGCUGAGUUGAGACAUGUAUAAAAUCAGAAUAUAAAUUGUCGGGAAAUAAAACGAAGCCCUGUACUUACUUA